CACGCUGUUUUCAACGAACUAAAACUCUUUUUGUACGAAACAAGAAGCACGACCAUCUUACUUCGAGAUACAACUAGGCCAGGAAAAUUUCUAGGGGAAAGAGUGAGUCUGCAGACCAAACAAGAUACUUCUCCGUUGUUUCGCGCAGCAUCGUGCACAACUGCGAUGCAACUACAACUUGUCUAUGUUGCACCUUGUUGCCCACCAUAGUUGGUGUUGGUCUGCUUCGUCAAGAACCGUCGGAUUUUUUUAAUCCAGAGCCGCUUUCCUUCUCACACACACACACUACUCGUCCGGGUUCUUGCCGCGUAUCAACGAUAACGUGUAAGGAUAAAGACAGGAGGACAUUCACAGCCGCGAAAUCUUCCGAGCACGAGCAGGACCUCGUACUCUUGCACUCUCGUACAAUCAGCACGAGGACUUUGAGUUGGUUUGAGGAGGCCCAGCAGCUCCACAAAAACCGCCCAACAUGGUGGACGACGAUGAGAUGUGCUUCUUCGCCAUCAAGACGGGCGGGUUUUGCUGCUUGCUCAACAUUGCGAUCAUUCUGUUCGCUUGCUCCUUUGCGGUGUUGGAACCUCUAGAACUGGGGAUCGAGUACAACCUGAAUUCGAGGCAGAUCUACAAAGACAGCGUCGCGCAGGGAGGGAGACACUUUCUCGGUAGAAGAAUAAUUGCACCAAUGGGAAAAUGCUUUUUGCUGGCUAUAUCGGCGAUGGCAAAUUCCACACAAAUGGCGCCAAACACAUUUUAUGUUUACACCUCAUCACAGGUCUCGGCCACGAAUGGAAGAAGUUUCCCGCGAAUCGAAUGUAUCAGCCAAAAAUCUGGUGGCAUUUUUUGCAGAUGAAUUUGUGGUGCUAGCCGUGAACGACAUGAUGCACCAGCUUCAUCUCAUGCAGAAUUAUAGCAGUGGACGAUAUCCUCGUCGUGAUACUGAAACCACGACCACGACAAAAAAAUGUCGUUGCCACAUUUUUGGUUUGAUACGAGGAUUUUCAGCUUCAUGGACGAGAGCAGGCCUGUAUCGAAGUGGAAGCGGAAGUGUUGUGCUUUAUUUCAUCCAAAAUGAAUACGGAGGUAAUAAUCUUGAUAAGUGGGCAAGCACCGCGCUUUUUCUACGAAAGGUAAGGUUCAAAAGUUGUAGUGUAAUGAAGCGCGAAAAAUGCCUUCUUCAGAGGCCUUUCUUGCUGCUGCAUUGAUUGGCAACUCCAACACGUUCGCUUUCCCUCCCACACGUUCUAGGCGGCACCGAGGAAGAAGAUUGCGACCUUGCAGACGAGUGCGAAACCGGCGCCGAGGAUUGCACGCCCUGUCUGGCGGGCCAAAUGCCCGCCGAAGACGCGGAUUUGGUGGGCAAAAACUUUGUGGUCAAGGCGCAAACCCUUCCCUGCCGGUCGUACGAGGGUUUGAUCAUCCAGGUGGAAGCGGCUGCCGGCAUCUCCCUGGGGCUCGGCCGCGACAACACGUUGGGCGACAAGUCCGACGCUCCGCAAGUGAGCGACCAGCUGUAUGGGGUUCUCAAACGUUACAUUCUCAACUGUUACAUGAAUUUGUCAUGCAAAAGCACCAACAUCAUCCACGCGAUCAAGCUGCUUCGCACGACAAAUCUGCCUAGGGCCAAACAGCGCCUAAAUCUGUGCGGAAUUUGUAAUGCUACAGGCGCAAUCUCCUCCCUUUCACGUUUCCCAUUCUUGCAGUUGUUUUAGCAUCACAAAUCCAUGUACUUAACAGUUGAGAGUGUAACAGCUGAGAACGCCAUAAGCUGAAGGAGACCCUGUUUGGGUUGUUCGAAACUACCGGGGACGAGAACUGGCGGGGGCUGGUGCAGGCGUCCAUUGCCGCGGCCAUUCGCACGGAGGUGUCCCAGCACAACGCGUUGGAAUUUUACACCAAACGGGAGAUCAUCGGCCAGUUGAUGCAGCAGCGCGUGACGACCUCUCUGCUGCCGCUGAACUGCACCACGCACCGGGUGUCGCUGGUCGCGGUGCAGCUGCCCACGGGCCUGGAAUCGGCCAUCCAAGACACGGAACUGGCACGACAGGCCAAAGAAGCCGCGAUUUUCGCCAAAGAUAUCCAUGCGGAAAUUCUUUAUCUGUCGAGAUGUUCUUCCUCGUAGUUGGCAUGCGCAUGAGAUCUUUGCAAUCCAAUAAAUUCGACAGGGACAGGAGCACCAGUAUGUAGACUGGCGUACAGCAUCCAUAUUCUACACUCCUGCAAGGUUUCGACGUCCCGAUGUAGUAGUUCUUUGAUGUCACGAUGCAUGAGCAAGGUAGUUUGCGUCUGCCUCAUACUCGUCGUUGAAAAGUAUCCAUCACGAUCGAGCAUCUGCUGCAUGAUCAAAGUUGUACCAGUCGCUCUAGAAGUUUGAAGGCCGGUCGCGAAAAAGUGAUAGUCAGAAUUUCGCAUGCAUACGCAAAACGGCUGAAAUAGACGCUCUGACGAAGGUGGAAGUGGCGAAGGUAAAAAUAAAGGAAAUAAAUUGCUGUCGUGUUUAUUCUUGAGUACAGCUACAGCUGACUGUGACUGUGUUGAAUGAAAUUGCGAUAGUACCGAACAAGAUUGAUACUCACUUGCAUUUAUGGCGACAUCGCAUGAUCAUUGGGUUGGCUACUGACCACUACAUGACAAGAAUCACGUAUAAUGACAAAUGAUCGUUAGGUCGAGCGCGAUCGGCUGCUUCAUGCAGCGUUGCGCAAUGCCGAGAUGACACUGCUGCAGAAGGUGGCCCAGGCGAUUCUGAUUCAGUAUGAUACGGAGCAGCUCGGAGAUGCGUUUGUGACGGGUGCAGACACCAUGCAGUACAACAAUUCCAAGCAAACGCUACUGCUCAAAUGGCUCUACACUCUGCAGGAAGUCGGGGCACAGAAGCUCGUCUUCGAGAUGCCGCAGCCGGAGCAGGUUCGUUUUUUUGAAAAUCGAUUUUUGUCUACCUACGUGCUUGUCUCUCCAGAUGAUGUCUAACUAUGUCUUUCAUCAAAAAAUAUAAAUGUGUAGAAAACAAAAAAUCUUCCCAUUCAUUCCAAAACCGCGACGCAGUUGGCCCUGGAUUACGAGCCCACGUCCGCCGAAUUUGCCCAGAGCAGCCCCACCGCGGUGGCAAGUACUUCCUUGCUUUCCCUAGCCGGGCUGAAUUCUACCUUCAGUGCGUUGCAGCAGGGCCUGUCGCCCACCCUGGCCGCGGUGAGCACGGCCACGGCAAAUAGCACUACCGCCUCCAACUCCAGCCGGUUGCUACUGAUGGAAACGGCCCUGCAGGAAGCGUCUAGCGCUUUUGUAAACCUGGAAGAAAUGAGAAACAGCUUGGCUGCUGGCAGCUCUUCUUCCCCCGGUAGAGCAACUACAUCUAUUUCGAGCGGUGCGAGCAGAAAUGGGGCAGCAGGUGGAUCGGAAUCAUCUGCCUCUUCUACCUCUUCUUCCAUCGAGAUGAAUCGCUUGUCGGCCUCGUUCGCGGAUCUGUUGGCGCAGUAUCGCAACAAAUUGGGCGAAGCAGACACGACCAACUCCAACAACCUCGGGGACCAGCAGUUUAUUCUAGGUGAUGCAAUGCUGGGCAGCGUGCCAAGUGGCCUGAUGGAGUCGUCAAAUCCAGACCUGUAGAAGCAUGGAGCAGCAUACUUUUUUUUUUUUAUUUGGUGUCAUCAUGCAUUGUUCUUGGGAAGAGGACAGUUUGCAUCUGCGCAAAUCAAAAACCAGUAAAGGCUCAACGUGGCGAUUCCUAGAGCUAGUGCUAUCAUGAUAUAUCAUGGAGCUGUCGUCCUGCUCGUCGCAGAAUCAUGAUUGUGCGUGUAUCACCUUGAUCGCAACAAGAAGAUCGUAGAAAGUACGCGCACGACUGUCCGGCCCACAGUGAUACAAAAAAGAAAUGCUCUUGCUCUUGCAACAGAUAAAUUAUAACUGUAACUGUGCUCCACGAUCAAGCUCAUAUGGAUGAACAAAAAUGAUCACUCCGAUCUUCUGGUCGUGC